AGACACUGUGGAUAAAGAUGCCGUUAAAGAUAAGAGGCGGGAGGUUGCUCUUCCUUCGUUAUUUUACAUAUGUACUUCAGCAAUUUGGAUAUUGUGUAUACCUGAAAGCAGUAGCUGUUAAGAAAGGCUUUAUUGAUUUGCUCCAACAGUAAAUGCCUUCUGAUGGGAAUAGGCAGAUUGAUGCUGCUUUGCUAAGCUACUCCGCUUUGCUUCGUGAGCUCUUGGGCUGGGCUUCUGUCCCCUCUCUAUCAGAGGAUGGACACUCCACCGCUGGUGCACCCACUGAGCCUGGGGGAUGUUUCACCCGAUUUAACUGACCCUGAAUGGAAAAAAAAAAAUAAAACAAAAACUUUUAAAAACCCCAUCGAAGCGCUUGCAAGUUUAGGCACAUAAUUAUCUUCUCAAGAUUUGGCCUGAACUGAUCCCAGCCUACGCUCCUUUCUCUCACGAUGUCGUGACAGGAUUUCAGUCAGGAACACGCGGCUCUCUCUGGCUGCAGACGCUCGAGAGGCGGCAGGAGCCCCGCACCGCCGAGCCCCGGACCCCAGCGCAUCCCUCCCGCACGGCCGAGGGGACCCGCCCCGGUGGCCGCCCACCGCGGCGCCUCGGCGGGGAGGGGAUCGCGGCGGAGGGGCCGGGCCGGGCCGGGCCGGGCCGGGGGCGUUGCGGGGCUCGGGGCGGGCCCGGCCCCGGGUACGUGUGGCGCUGCCCGCUCCGCUCUCCGCGCUGCCGCUCCGGGGGCCGCCGCUCUCCCGCCGGCACAUCCCGCCCGGCGGAGCGGGGCGCGCAGAGCUCUCCCCGCCAUGGCCUUCACCUUCGCCGCUUUCUGCUACAUGCUGUCGCUGGUCCUCUGCGCCGCCCUCAUCUUCUUCGCCAUCUGGCAUAUAAUUGCCUUCGAUGAGCUUCGCACAGACUUCAAGAGCCCCAUCGACCAGUGCAACCCGGCGCACGCAAGGGAGCGGCUGAGGAAUAUUGAGAGGAUUUGCUUCCUGCUGCGAAAGCUGGUGCUGCCGGAGUACUCCAUCCACAGUCUUUUCUGCAUAAUGUUUUUAUGUGCUCAGGAGUGGCUCACACUGGGGUUAAAUGUUCCUUUGCUUUUUUACCACUUAUGGAGGUAUUUUCGUUGCCCAGCAGAUAGCUCAGAGCUGGCAUAUGAUCCACCUGCAGUCAUGAAUGCAGAUACCUUGAGUUACUGCCAAAAAGAGGCCUGGUGUAAGCUGGCCUUCUACCUCCUUUCCUUCUUCUACUAUCUCUACUGCAUGAUCUACACUCUGGUGAGCUCUUAACUGAAAGAUCAUCGCUAAAGACUGAAAACAACAAAGGCUGGAGGUGCAAGGACGAGUGAACCAAGGGAUGCAUGAUUAAAAAAAGUAAAGAGGAAAACUUUGAACCCAAGCAGUAAAUACGGUACAUGAAAGAGAGAUCCAGCAAAGAGAAGAAGAAUACCAUGGGAGAAUGACUGAGUUAAUUGCGUUUGUCUCCUGUUUCUCAAUGUAUUGCAGCAAAUGAUUUUCAAAACCCAAGCAAACAAAAAUAAUUGCAAAAACAUGGGCCAAAUUAUACAACUAUUCACCUCUCAAGGGAUAACGCUGCUUGGUUUAGUGGAUUCAUUAAAACUGUAAUCCCUAUAGUCCCUGCUGUCUUCCAGGAAGCAACAUUUUUUUUCUUAAGGACUAUUCUGGACUGAGGAAACACAGGACAAGAUGAUCUUACACUGAAAGAAGAGCUGUACAACACAUUCUGCAAAUGAGCACUGAUGAGGACUUCAGAUAAGAUGUGUGACUGUCCUGCAGGGCUAUUCUCAUGACACUAGUCAAACAGGGAUGUCAAAUCUCAUGAAACUGCUUCAGUGGUUUUGGUUUGUUGGGGUGUUUUUUUAAUCCAACCAAAACAACAAUAACAAAAGAAUUUUCAGUUUCAGUGCUCUGUAUUCUAACUAUAUACUCUUCCUGCAGGUGAACAUCCAGUAUAUUUCUGUACUUCAUUUGUGAUGCACCAAAUAUCGCCAUACAGUGAGAUGUAGAAAUACAUUUGGUUUAACCUAA